AUGGCGUCGCCAUCAGGCCAGGGGUCACCCACUGGAGGAGGCAGCAGAUCAGGCCAAGCUGAGCAGAUGCUGAUGCAGAUGUUGCAACAACAGCAGCAGCUCAUGAUGGGGCAACAGGCGCAGCUGGAUAACCUGGCCAGACUAGUAGAGCGGCAGGCUCCUGCGCAUCCCCGGGGCUUAGUGGACUUGAAGGCAGUUGGUCGCCCAGAGUCUCUUGGUGGGAACCUUGACCAAGCUACGUCAACUUGGCGGCAGUGGAGCUACAAGUACGAACUGUGGCUGGCCUCCCAGUGGGAAAAUGGAGCUCAAGUGCUGAGAUGGUGCGAAGCUGAAACGGCCACCAUCGACCAAGCAGUGCUCACAGCAAAGGCUGCAGAACCAGGUUUUGAGACACUUCCCCAGCUGAACCGGCAACUUGAAGUGACACUAGCUUCCUUGACAAAGGAUGUGCCUGGCGAUAUUGUCUUCAACUCACACCGUGGAUCUGGGUGCGAUGCAUGGCGCAGACUGUCUGCAAGGCUGAACCCAAACAACCCUCUGUCCAAUCUGCGGCUACUGCGGAAGAUCAUGUCUCCAUCCCAGGUCACGGACAUCUCUGAGCUCCACCCUUCCCUUGAAAGAUGGGAGAGCUUGCGGUCAGACUACGCAAAGAGGCCAGGGUGCAGCGACUUGACUGAUGAGCAAGCACGUGUGGUGCUGUUGGCUAUGGUUCCUGAUGCUCUGCGGGAGUACCUGGACUUGAACCUGGGCCGUUUGAACAGCUAUGGUCUCCUACGCAAUGAGGUGCUGGCCUACGCAGAGCAGAAGCGACAGCGAGAAGCUGACGACUCUUCUGGAGCCCAACCCAUGGACGUGGAUGCGCUGACAAAAGGUUCUGGAAAAGGGAAACGGAGGAAGAAACCACCGCCCAAGGGCCGCGGGAAAGGUCGCGGCAAGGGUGGCGGCAAGAAAGGAUCCGCUGCAGAGCUGGAUGCUGAGGAGAAGUCCAUGCUGAACAAGGCCGUGGAAUUAGCUGAAGAUCCGGAUGAGGCCGACUACUACGAAGACUGCCUGUGGAAAGAAAGUCUUCCCACUGGCUCGGCUUUGGAAAAGCUUUGUGGCUUAGGACUGCUUCAGUCCGAGCCAUCCUCCAGUUCCACCGCGCUCGCCAGCCAAUACGUGAGUACCUGCCCAGCCUCUAACAAGGUCUACGGCGACAACUCUGCAAGCAGCGCGCCCACUGGACUGCGAAUGGCCACCAGGGCUCUGUCCAGUCAAAUGGCAAGCUGCAUGCAGGACCUUCGCGUGGCCAUGGCAAAGGCAGAGGAAGAUGGCGACCUGGAGGAGCUUGAGUCUUUGCGCAAGUCACGGCAAGAACUACAGGCUCAAUCCGAGAAGGCAAAAGCACAAGGCCAAGAUGUCCGCCGUUCUCGCAGCAGACGUUUCCAGGCAGACAUUGAGGCUGGCAAGAAUGCCCGAGAGGCAUGGCGAAAGGAGAAAUCUCGUCUUCGAGCUGGCAAACACCGCCAACAAUCAAGGCCAGAGCGAGCUGCCGAACGCAUGGCGUUGGAAGAGGAGUGGACGGUCAAACACCGUGCUCCUGGCGCUGCUUCGCACAAGGAGAAAGCAUACCCACUGAUGCCUCAUCUGGAGGAUGAGGUUUCUGCUCCGUUGACCAAGAGUGAGCGUCUGGACUGCAGGCAAGAGUGGGAUGAAGCUUGCCCUACUGUGCGAGAAAGGCAAUGGAGCAAGUCAGGAAAGAAGCAGAAAACUUGGCAGCAGAAACAAGCCAAGGCGAGGCGCGAGGAAGGAAGGCUGAAAAGGAAGCAGGCAGCGGAGGCUGCGCUUUCCUGUCACAAGUCUCCGCCUGGGCCACCUCCCUCUGAAAAUAAAGCUGGCUCAGGGUCGGUUCGACCCGAGCCAAAACAACUCAAGCCAAGUCCGCCUCCUGGACCACCGCCAUGGUGGAAUGGCAAGGACGCCGCCAGUGGACGGGUCCUAGCCCUGGAGUCACCGGUGGAGGAGGCGAAGUCUGCGCAAACUAAGUGGCAGAAAUUGGUUGUGACUUUGGACUCUGGAGCAUCAGACAACGUGAUGCCAGUGCACCUUGCCAAGCAACAGUGCAUGGGUCCUGUCAAAGGCGUUAAAGAGUUUGCCACGGCGACAGGGUUCAAAAUCCCUAACCUUGGCAGCGUCACAAUGGACAUGUACCUGCCAGACUGGCGCAAGUUCUCUUCCAACUGGAGCGUGGCUGACGUGAAGCGUCCUCUGCUGUCCAUGACGAAAGUUUUGCAAAAUGGGCAUAAAGUAGUGAUGGAUGCAAAGUGCUCCUACAUCCAAAUGAAGAGUGGCCAGCGCAUCAAUCUUGACCUCAGUACUGGUGUGCCCACCUUCAGCACAUGGGUGCUGAUGCCUUUUCCCGGGCAGCCAAAGAUGACUCAGGCGACAGGAACAGGUUUGGUUCAAGCCGUUCCUGAAAUUCAACCGGUCCAAGUGCCUCAAGCUGCAGUCGAGGGGACUGAGGCUGCCAACCGGCAGGAGGCUUCCGAAGGCUUGCUCGAAGCUGACGAAGCUCAACUUGCGCAGCCGUUGUCCACUCCCGACCAGCCCACAGAGCAGAUGAUCCGCGAACAUGAAGUCUCCCAUAUACCGUACCGCGCCUGGUGCACUGCUUGCGUGCGUGGGCGAGGGCGAACAAUGCAGCAUCGCCGGGUAGACCACUCGGACAACUUAAUCCCAACUCUGUCCAUGGAUUACGGGUUCCUUGGCGAUGGCCUUCCCUUUGUCGUUCUUCGCGACAGAAAAAGCAAGGCAAUCUUCGCUCACCUUCUCCCUCACAAAGGCGUUGCGUACAGCAGUUUUCCCGAGCGUGCAAUCCUCCGCAAUCUUGCAUUUCUGGGUUACAAGCGGCUUGUUCUCAAAAGUGAUCAGGAAAGUUCUUUGAAAGCUCUCCGUGAAGCGGUUGCCAAUGGCUACCCCGCAGAAGUCACGUGCGAAGAUGCCCCCAAAGGUGGCGCGCACGGGCAGAGCAAUGGCGAGGCUGAACGUGCGGUCCAAACCAUCCAGGGAAUGGUCAGAACGCUUGUCUCGCACAUUGAAGAAAAGACUGGGCAACCACUCGGCAAUACUUCCCCUGUCAUUGCUUGGGCAGUUGAGCACGCUGCAACUUUGCAUCUGCUCUUCUCAAAGGACACAGAACUGAAGGAUGGCUUGACGCCGUUCCAGCGAAUCAAGGGGAGAGCUUGGCACAUACCGCUGCCAUGCUUCGGUGAAAUCGUCGAGUUCCGCAAGCGCACGGAAACCAAAUCUGAGCCUCGGUGGGAAUCUGGCAUCUACCUUGGAACUCGCAUCACCUCCAGCGAGAAAAUCAUAGGAACUGCCCAAGGGACGUUUGUGGUCCAAUCCCUCAAGCGAAAGCCGCCUUCUUCGCAAUGGGACAUGGACUUCUUGAAAGAGUUCAAAUCUCUUCCUUGGAGCCUGAAGCCUGAAGGUCCCACGUCCAUUCCUGCUCCUGCUGACAUUGCUCCGGAACUUCCGGACGCUGUGGUGCAGGGACCGGUUCGGCCCGCGCCAAAGGAAGAAGCGGGGCGCAGGAUGUACUUGAGGAAAGCCGAUUUCGACCAAUUCGGUUUUACCGCAGGUUGCAGCGCCUGCGACGCAUUGCGUGAAGGUCGCUCUCGUGCUGGCAUACUCCAUUCGGAUCAUUGCCGUGAUCGGAUCACCAGUCGUCUCAAGGACACUCCGGCAGGGAAAGAUCGCCUUGAAGCGAACCUGGAACGCGAAAACAAGUACCUUGCCAGGUACAUUGAGCGGGAGGAUACUGUGUCAAAAGCAUCGGCGUCGUCGCGCGCUUUGCCUUCUACCCUUGAGCAGGGCACGCCUUUGCCUAGCGCGCCUGUUUCUCACAGCCCCAUGCCGAUGACUCCAACCAUGGAAGUUGAGCAGCCCGUCGACCCAGAAGAUAAGAAGAGGCCUCUGUAUGAGCCGGCGUCAACAAUGCGACAGAAAGUCGCGCGUGCUUCGCCAACAACCUCUGGAAUUCCUGCUCCCUCCUCACGAAAGCGUGUUGCUCAAGACCAAGGGGAUGAGGACAGGAUCAGGGUUCUUGAGUCAGACACGCGCGCAGAAGCUCAGAAAAGACCUUUGGAGCCAGGAGGCGACCUGGACCAGCUGCUGGCGCAGGGCGAAGAUCUGGUAGAUGGUGCUCUUGCUGCGCACCGCUCUGCUGUCCUUGCAAACCUGAUUGCAGAGCAACCGCACCGCCCACUUGCUGAUAUAAAAGACGAGUUCGAGCCAUGGUUCCUGGAGCAGUCCUUCUACGAUGACAACACUGGCAAGCUGUCUUUAGCUGUGGCUUUAGCCGCAGAUGCUGCGUCGCUGCAGGCCACGAUGAGAAAUCACCCCGGCUUCAAAGAACUAUGUGAGGCAUCAGGAAUCUUCACGGGCGACGUGUCCAACCCUCCGCCUGAUGCUUUGAUGGUUUCUUCUGAACCCUAUGGGCCGCGCGGCGGCAAGAAGCGACGGCGAGCCCUGCCGAUGCCGCCGCUACCGCCGCUGCCGCCACCGCCCUUGGCGUUGAUGGACGGUGAGGUUUCACCAAAGAGGUCCAAGGGAGAUCCGUUGACGCCCAAGUUGAAACCCAUGAACUACAAGACCCAGCUCUGUAGUGACUUUCAGAAAGAGUUCGCUUGCGCUCGGGGCGAUUCCUGCCACUUCGCGCAUGGUGAAGAAGAGUUGCGCAAGCCUGGAGAGGUGAAGCCUGAAGACUUCAAAACAGAGGAAGAAAUGGUGAAUGAAAGCUUGGACCGCGAGGGCACAACUCCAGCCCCAGGGCCACGCAUUUUCCUCCGGAGGGAAGACCUCUUCUGGAUCGAAUUGGAUACCUCUGAGGAAGUGCCGAAGCAGCUGGAGGGACUUCCCAUGGAGGCGGUGGUGUUGUCCACCAGCUGCAAACUGAUUCAGGGCAAAGGCUUGCCGGCGGAUGGAAUUCUGCAAGCCAUGCUCUCUGAUGAGGUGAAGGAGCUUCGGUUUAUCGACGAUGCCGACUGGAAAGAGCUACCGGCGGUGGGCGCCGCUUUGAAGAAAGGUAUGGAGAACGAGGAGUGCUUUACAGCAGUGAUUUGCCCCACGCGAUCCCUGUGGGCGGUUGGCGUUGGCAUGAAAGGCAAGGCUCGGUGGGUUGCCGUCAAAUUGGCCCUGGCGCUGGCCGUUGCAUUGCAGCAGGAGGAAAUACUGGAAGAGCCACCAGACCUCUCUCAGUACCCUUUGAUGGUGGAUCUGGUGAAACACGCAGGACCGAACUGGUCUGACCUGUACUGCGGAGGUUUGAGAUCUGGGAAAUACAAAUUGCUGUGCUUGGAGGUUCCUUUGCAUUUUCUCAAGGAUGCAACCAGAAAGUUGGAAAUGACAGUCUGGUGCAUUCGACAUGAAAAUGAGAUGUUGGGGACAACGUUGGACCAAAUGCUGCGUGUAUUUGUUCAUAUUUUUCCCAGUGCCGGCUUUUUCACCAACUUGGACCGAUUCUCAGCUGUCCAUUCUUCAGGUCUCAGAAAGCUGCUACCCUUGGGGAUAACACCAGUCCUGGGCAUCGAGGGCAAAGGUUAG